UGUAUUCUAUAAUGUACCAGGAGUGGAUACGUGCGAGGUAUCAAUCUCAGAGGGAGGCGAUUCGGUGGAUCUCAACGUGGACGAUUCACAAGUCACCUGUGUAGAGCCUUCACCGUCUCCAUCUGCUACUGCUUCGCCUUCGUCCAGUGCGAGUGCGACCUUGACUACAACUCCCAGCACUUCACUAACAGCUAGCCCAAGUGCAACCGUGACUGCCAGCCCCAGUGCAACUGUUACUGCCAGCCCAAGUGCUACGGUGACGGCGAGUCCGAGUGCGACGGUGACUGCCAGCCCCAGUGCAACUGUGACUGCCAGCCCCAGUGCAACUGUUACUGCCAGCCCUAGUGCGACUGUAACGGCGAGUCCGAGUGCUACCGUCACUGCCAGCCCUAGCGCGACCGUGACCGCCAGUCCUAGUACAUCUAUGUUUAUUCCGGCCUUCAUCAAUGGUACAGUUGUACAGCACGUGACGCAAGAGGGUAUCGAGAACGUUACCGUAACUGCUGUGUGUGGG